UGAGCAGAGGCAGAAGUGAUUGGCUGCCGCCAGUCAGGGGCUUACUCGUCCAAUGUGGUCCAGUUGGGGCUGUAGUGCGGUGGCCGGGCUCUUGGGGGCGCUGUCAGCGUCCUCCGCUAAAUGUGCACUUGGUGCGGAUUAUCUGAGAAGCCUGUGUGAAGUUGCGGUAGGGGAGCGGGCAGAUAUCUGUGAGGGGGUCCAUCUCAUUCUCCGCCUGGGCUGUGCUGGUCUGGUGUUCCUGUGUAAUGCCAUCAUGUGGACAUUUUUUGCUAAAGCUUUGAGAUAUUCUUCAUCCACCGCUGCUGCUACGGUGACAACCACUGCUUCCAAUUUUGUGUCCUCAACUGUAGAGUUUGUACCCCUUCCGACUGCUGACGUAUCCGGUUCUGUAUUGUGCUGUUUAGAAUUCCCCAGCCAGUACGGAUUACCUGCAGUUCCACAGUAUGUUUACCAUUUACUAUGACUACGGAGCCACGUCAGCAGGGAACACCCUCCCUCCCCCGGAGACCGUGUCUAUUACGAGCAGUGCCGGAGCAUGGUUGGGGCGUAGGCGUGACCAAGCGGUGUAAGACUGCGAAACGGAGCCGUCGCUCCCCGUGCUCUUCAUGAGUGUGUUGUUUUGCUCUCCAUUUCCCUGUUGUUCCUGCUCUAUAUGAUGAACAAAUAAAGU